AUGUGCAAAUUGAACUUCUCAGAGUCAAACGAAACCGUUUGGCAUGUGCCAGAAACGAUUGCAAUGGUAUCGCAAAUACCGGAACACUCGCCCUCAUGCUGGACUCCUAUAUUGACAAGCGUCGAGCUGCAGGUUGGCGACACAGAUGUUGCUGUAGAUGAGACUGUUGUUAAAGAUAUUUCGGAUGAAGACAAAGACGGCGUGGUUGCGGUCGAGGAUGAUGACUCGAUCACAGAAGAUUCAGUACUCGUUGAAGUUGCCUGUACUGUUGUGGACGUUGCUGAAGUUGUGGAUGCGACACCUGAUGACGAGGUUCCGGGGAUGGACACUGCAGCGGAGGACGACGAUUCAGUCGAAGAAGCAACAGCUGAUGUGGAUGAUGUAGCAGAGGAUGAUGACACCCAGGAAGACAUCGUGCUCGAGCUAGCUGAAGUGCUGGUGACAGUGGGCGUAGUGGAGACGGCAGGAGUAACGGCACGAGAUAAUGUCGACGUGACCAAAGUCGAACGAGUGGAAGUGCUAACCGAUGAUGGGUGCAUAGAAGCACGGUGA